GGACGCCCUUUUUUUCGAGGUCUCGUCCAGUUCGAGCGCUGCGAGUUUGCCCUGCUUGGUUAUCACGGCAAGAGCAGCAGCAGCAGUAGUAGCGCGAGCAGCAAGCAGCUUGUGGGCAGUGACGGAGCGAGUGAGCGAGUGCUAUCCGCCCCAGGAGCCCAAGAGCAUCUUUGGAUUUUUGACGAGGAGGAACUUGACGAUUUUUCGGAAGCACAGGAUCAGCAGGCUGUGCUGCGGUGAGAGGACGAGCAGGAGAGAGCGAGGGAGGGAGAGAGAGAGGAAGAGAGAUAGAGAGAGAGGGAGAGGUUGCAGCGUGUGCGUCGCAGUGCGUUCGCCCUGUUUGUUCGGAGAUUGAGAUAGGUGCGGGUGAGGGAGUGGUUUGAGAAGUGAAGCGAGUGGUGGGUCGAUUUGACUUCACUUGUGUGCUUCGUUGAAGAGGUUUUGGAGUUCGGAGUCCUGAACUUGGUUACGAGUUGGAGGUGGUACGAGCAGUAAGCGAGCAGGCUGGCCAUGUCGCGUGUUUACGUGGGGAACCUAGAUCCCCGGGCUACUGAAAGGGAGUUAGAAGACGAAUUUCGUGUUUAUGGAGUGCUGCGCAGUGUAUGGGUGGCUCGGAAGCCUCCUGGCUUUGCAUUUAUCGAGUUCGAGGAUCGAAGGGAUGCAGAUGAUGCCAUCCGUGCUUUGAAUGCAGGCAAGAAUGGAUGGAGAGUAGAGUUAUCACGCAGCUCCGGAGGUGGUGGUGGUCCCCGAGGUAGAGGUGGAGAUGACAUGAAAUGUUAUGAGUGUGGAGAGCCCGGCCAUUUUGCUCGUGAAUGCCGGUUGCGUAUAGGUGCCGGUGGCCUUGGAACUGGAGGACGUGGCCGCAGCCGCAGUCCACGCUAUAGACGUAGUCCUAGUUAUGGGCGCAGCAGUCGCAGUCCCGCGCGAGUUAGAAGUCGGUCACCUGUGCGAAGAAGGAGUGCGUCUCCUGUUGUUCGCCGGGGACGGAGUCCGAGCCGAUCCCCUCCACCACCACGCCGAGAUCGACGAGUGUCACCAGUUGUAAAUGGGAGUCCCCUAGCACCAAGGGAUCGCCGUCGCAGCCGGAGCCGGAGCCCAUAGAGUUGAUUAUGCAUAUGCAUCGGAACAUUGCUAGGGACCUCGGAGUCAUGACUCACCUAUGUACUUUUGGAAGGGGCUUUGAAGAAACAACUAUGAGGGAUUGUAUUCCUGCAAACUUCAGAAUGCUGGAUUUUUCGGCAGUUUUGUUAGCUCUGUUUGAGGUGACUACUCUGCUUGUAUAAGCGGCUGGUUUGCAAAGUGAUGGCCUCACCAACCAUGUAGGCUAUUGGCCCGAUGAAAGUUUGGACUCUCCCUCCAUGUGGCCGGCGUCUUCAGUAGUUCGGUCUCCUGCUGAAGCUCCGGCUGACUGCUAUUGUGAUAAGUUUCUUUCCUGGUUGCCCUUUCCUUUUGGUCUGGUAGACUCUUGUUUUCGCAAAAAAACUAUGCUCGAACAUGUGCAAUCUUGUCAAGUUCCCAAAGAACAAAUUGCAGAAUAUAUGAACAAGAAAUGUGUAUGAUGGCCAGUCUAGAUUCAAACUCACAGAGGCCUUGCCUUUGUUGCUGUGUUCUGAGGUGUGGUUCUGCUUAGAACGGCACGGCACGGCACUGCACUGCACUGCCUCCCUCGCCUCGGUAGUCUGCCUCUUCAUUCAUUGUGGUCUCCCUAUAUAGCAUCAUCAAUGGCUGCCUACUCCUGCAAAGCUGCUACCUUUUGAUCUGGGAGGGUUAUUGUAUUCUGCUCGUCUCCGCUGUGGUCUACGGCACAAAUUCUACAUGUGAGGCAUGUCUCCCCUGGCUGCCAAGCAUGGUAGCUUGUGUGGACCAGCAUGGAACAAGGAUGUAGUCUUGACUCAGCCGUCCACAACAGAUUUGCUGCUGUGUAUCCUCGUCCCUCUAUUUGCGGCUCUUCUUCCUAAAUCUAUACAAGCUGUUGGAGUUAUGCCAAGCCAAACGCCCUUCCGUCGUGUCAAUUGCCGUCUUUAUUUGUUCGCGUGUAUUCCUAACUCGUGUCUUUGUCGUGUCAUUGUCCGGAACCUAUUAUAGAUAGCCCUUGGUUUAUCGCUUGAGUUCAUGCAAAUAAAUUAGCAUAGUGGGACAGUAGUACAUAGGUCGGAUAUAUGCAUUAGAGUCAGAUGUCAGGAAGGUAGAUUUGGUCUCGUUUAGUGGAGUCAUCUAAGUCGCAUUGAGGUCGGUCUUCGUUAGCUCUACUUUCAACAGAUAUAUAGUUUCAAGGCUAGGUUGUGCAGAUUGUCAGAGGAAUACAUGGUUUAGAUCCGUGCUUGACUCAUCAUAGAUGUCUUGAGUAUGUCCGAUAAACCUAAGAAAGGUAUCCGAGUCUCAAUGUGUAUUCCAAUGUUGUAAAUCUCAUUCGCACAAUGUGACAG